UUCAACCACUGACAAGAUAAACUCGCAUUCAGGAUAUGUUUCCUCUGCAGUGAACUGUCUUCGGUUUGACAAAAGCAACUGGAUGCUCAAAGUUUCUUCAUCAUGACUUCUCUCCUCCUUAAAGGACAAAAUGAUCCGCUGGAUCCUGCAGUGCGUCAUCCUGACCUGCAUUUGUGGAAAACAUGUACCCCAGGAUGCAGCUCUACAGUAUCAGGCAAAGGAGAACGAUAACAUCACUGUGGAAUGGCGAUUUUCAUCCCAGUCGGAUGUUCUCGAGGCAUCACUGAAGAUCCACUGUGUGUUUCUGCAACAGGAGAUCAAGGUUUUUUUUCACAACGACAGGCGCGAGAAAACGCCACCACAUGUGCAAUUUGCAGAGCGGGUGCAUUGUGACCUGGACGCCCUCCGUAAAGGACAAGUUACACUACAUGUCUCCAGGGUCAGAACUGAAGACUCGGGAACGUACCUUUGUAGAAUGGCUACUAAUUUGGGCAAGAAGGUUCAGCAGUUCACACUCAACAUCACUGAAGCUUUUGAUCAUCAGACCACAGUGGACCCUGUGACACCAGAACCAAAAGCAGUCAUCCAGAACCAUAUGAACCAAUAUACUGGACUAAGAGUGGCAGCUGGAGCAGCAGGUGUUGGGCUUUUUCUGUGUUUUUGUUUAUUGCAACAUGCACUCAGGAGUCAUUCUAGCCUAUAUGAACUCUUACCAUUAGAGAUGGUGCCGGACUUGGAGAUUUCUGGAAUUUAACAGAACAUGAUUUGAUUGCAAUUCCUACAUAUAGACAGUAACAACAACUGAAGAUUCAAACACCAUUUUUAAUUAAUGUCAGUAUAUACUGUGAAGUGCACAAAUACACAAAACAGUAAGUCCAUUCGGCUGUUCCCUUGUUUUUUCACUCAGGGUCACCACAGCAGAUCUGAGGUGGAUUUGCAUGUUGAAUUGGAGACAUUUUAUGCUGGAUACCUUUCCUGAUGCAAUGCUGCACACACACAC